AAUCCCCAACCGCCACCAAAGUUUAUGAGUAUUUUUUUAGCUAAAAGAAACAAUAAUUCUUCUUCUUCUUCGUUGGAUUGGAGACCUCUGCAGCCCCCUUUCGUUCCAAAAUCUCUCUCAUAUCACGACAUUCACUCACUCCCCGAACACCCAUCAUCCAGUCGCCGCCGUCAAAAUUCGGAAUCUCCGUCACCGUCAACGUCGAUUGAAGCUUAUUCGCGGCUUGAUUUCUUCAGUCGUCGAUCAAAGCACCACCGUGAAGUUUAUCUCUAUUGUGCAUCCGACCGAGCUGCGCCGCUCAAAUCGUCUACAUAAACAUUCGUCCAGCCUACGUCAUUAAGUCGUGCCGCUUCUUUCUAUUUGGUAGCCGAUCGAGUCGCUCCUUCUUCGUAGCUGCUCACUUUCCGACCGCUGGAAGUUGAACCCACGUCGUUGGAGCAGUUUUGCGUAAGUUUUGGUUCUUUCUUCAUCAUUGCUUGCCCUAGCCACAUUGAUUGAUGCUAUAGUGAGGGUCGGUCUGAAAGAUCAGGGACUGGAAAAGGCAGGGGUGAAACAAAGUGUGCUUCCAAUUCUAAGGAGACUGUUGAAGCCCAAAAGUAUCAUUGUCUGACUGACCUAUUCAGUCUUAAGGGGCCUUGCCAAAAAUAUUCCUCAUGCUUUUAGGGAAUAGAAAAUAAAACUAUUGCCUGUUGUAUGGCGCUUAUUGGCGAGAGCUCUUCUUCUGUUCCCAAACUCGUGGACGAAAAGCCAGUUUUAGUUAGGGUUAAGCGCAAAGCUUCCCAAUCUCGACUUGAUGCAUUAUGGCUGGAAAUCAAUGAGAGGCCAUUGAAGCGACCAUUCUUGGAUUUUGAGAAUUUAUCAAUUUCAGAAACACUCUACAAAGAGGAAUUAAAGACCAAGAAGAUUCUUGUACAGCAUGUGGAGACAUUAAGAAGCUCUGAGGCCACUGCUGAUAUUGUGCAGUCUUUUGUGGCACCUGAUGCUGCUUCCACCAUUGAAAAUAACCUAAAGAAUGAGGAGCGCAGAAGAAAUUUUAAGAGAGAGAUUUCGAGACAAGAUCAGUUAUUGGUUAAAGCUAGACAAGAACAAGAGCUUGUGGCAAAAAACGCUAGAUUUGAGCAGAUAUGGAGAAGUAGGAAAGGGGUUAAAGAUGAAAAAGAUGACCAGUUACAUGACGUAUAUCAUAUCUAUGAUAUUGUUCGUCUUGAUACAAAUGAAAUAUCAAGUGAAGCCCCAAGGCAGGAACAAAUGUCUCUGGAGGAUCAGAGUAUGUUAUCAAGUUAUCUGCCGUUACUAAGGGAGUUUAUUCCAAGUGCCGCUGCCGAAAUUGAAUCAGAUAUAGAUCCAAGCAUGAUGAAACAAAAUUUGCCUGUAGAUGAUUAUGUAUAUGACUACUAUACUGUGAAGACUGAUGUGGAGAUUCCUGAAGACGAUGCCUCUCAUCCAUUUCCUUUGAUACAAGUUGAUGACUUAGAUCAUGAUGGGCCUAGUGACUCAGAUUAUGAAACUGAUGAUUCAAAUGCUGAAAACAAUCCAUGCUUCGAUUACCCAGAUGAGGAAGAGUUGGAGAGUAAAUCUUCAAAUGAUGAAUUGGAAGAUAGUGAUGAUGAGAAGCAGUCCUCAGAAAGUAAUGAUGUAGAAGAGGAUGAGUUAUCGGAGGAGGAGAAAGUGGAAUUAUAUGAGGAUGAAAUAUAUGAUGAUUUUGAUGAAGAUGAUGGUGCUGAUAGCUUUGAUUAUGAUAGUAAUGGUGGUCAUGAUAAAGGUGAAGAUUGGAGAUGGUCCUAUCGUUGAAUUUUUCACUAGAGAUAGAACAAGCUUUUCAUCCUUGGGAAUGAACGUCUUUUUUUAAUUAGGAUUUAAGCUAUUUGCUUAUUAGGGGAGGAUUGCUUGCUAUGAUUAGGGAUGUAAUGUUGGAGAUUUAGAGUCUUUUUGCCUUGACUAGGGAAAAAAUUUAGAUUGAACUUCAAAAUUUUUCAAAAGUAAAUUUUGAGGUGUCAAAUACUUCAAUUUUGAAACUCAUUUUAUAGUUAAAUACUUGAAAUGUUAAACUAAAUUGAUUCUAGAAAAUGGUAUGAAUAUUUUAGUUGACUUUUAAA